ACCCCGCCCCCUUCCGGGCGCCACAAAAGACCCGGCCGCCGCCGCGCACCUCCAUUACAACCUUCAGUCCCCGAACCCUCGACGUCGGCGAGAAGGAAAGAACCCGAGAAGAUGCGUGAGUGUAUUUCCAUGCACGUCGGCCAGGCCGGAACCCAGAUGGGCAACGCCUGCUGGGAGCUGUACUGUCUGGAGCACGGCAUCCAGCCAGACGGUCAGAUGCCUAGUGACAAGACAAUUGGUGGGGGAGAUGACUCUUUCAACACCUUCUUCAGUGAGACCGGAGCUGGAAAACACGUUCCCAGAGCUGUCUUUGUGGACUUGGAACCAACGGUUAUAGAUGAGGUACGUAGUGGCACAUACCGCCAGCUGUUUCACCCCGAACAGCUGAUCACUGGCAAAGAAGAUGCAGCCAAUAACUAUGCCCGUGGUCACUACACCAUCGGCAAGGAGAUCAUUGAUCUGGUCCUGGACAGAACUCGUAAACUGGCUGACCAGUGCACUGGGCUCCAAGGUUUCCUCAUCUUCCAUUCCUUUGGUGGAGGAACCGGCUCUGGCUUCACAUCUUUGCUGAUGGAGCGCCUCUCUGUUGACUACGGGAAGAAGUCCAAGCUGGAGUUUGCUGUCUAUCCAGCUCCCCAGGUGUCCACAGCUGUGGUGGAGCCCUACAACUCCAUCCUGACCACCCACACCACCCUGGAGCACUCCGACUGUGCCUUCAUGGUGGACAAUGAGGCCAUUUAUGACAUCUGUCGCAGGAACCUGGACAUUGAGCGUCCUACUUACACCAACCUCAACAGGUUGAUUGGCCAGAUUGUGUCAUCCAUCACUGCCUCACUACGCUUUGAUGGAGCCCUGAAUGUGGACCUGACAGAGUUCCAGACCAACCUGGUACCCUACCCACGUAUUCACUUUCCUCUGGCCACCUAUGCGCCAGUCAUCUCAGCUGAGAAAGCCUAUCAUGAGCAGCUAUCUGUUGCAGACAUCACAAAUGCCUGCUUUGAGCCUGCCAAUCAGAUGGUCAAAUGUGACCCUCGUCAUGGCAAAUACAUGGCUUGCUGUCUGCUGUACCGUGGUGAUGUGGUCCCCAAGGAUGUCAACUCUGCCAUCGCCACCAUAAAAACCAAGCGCACCAUCCAGUUUGUGGACUGGUGUCCCACAGGCUUCAAAGUGGGCAUCAACUAUCAGCCUCCAACUGUGGUCCCUGGGGGAGACCUGGCCAAGGUGCAGCGGGCUGUGUGCAUGCUGAGCAACACCACUGCCAUCGCCGAGGCCUGGGCCCGUCUGGACCACAAGUUUGACCUGAUGUACGCCAAGAGGGCAUUUGUCCACUGGUACGUUGGAGAGGGUAUGGAGGAAGGCGAGUUCUCAGAGGCCAGAGAAGACAUGGCUGCCCUGGAGAAGGAUUACGAAGAGGUGGGCACUGACAGCGUCGGAGAGGAGGAUGAAGGAGAAGAGUACUAAAUGCAAGAGUGAGUGGAUAAACAAAAUUGGAGUUCAUUCCGUUAAGUUAACAUUCCAUUGAGUUAUUGCCACCCUGUUGCCAACGUUUUAAUAAAGGCCGUUAAGUUGGA